AUGGUCAUGAGCUUUGGGAGGCCCCUGGACAGGAGGCCCCUGGACUCUGUGGAGGAGGUGAGGGACAGGAGGCCCCUGGACUCUGUGGAGGAGGUGAGGGACAGGAGGCCCCUGGACUCUGUGGAGGAGGUGAGAGACAGGAGGCCCCUGGACUCUGUGGAGGAGGUGAGGGACAGGAGGCCCCUGGACUCUGUGGAGGAGGUGAGGGACAGGAGGCCCCUGGACUCUGUGGAGGAGGUGAGGGACAGGAGGCCCCUGGACUCUCUGGAGGAGGUGAGGGACAGGAGGUCCCUGGACUCUGUGGAGGAGGUGAGGGACAGGAGGCCCCUGGACUCUCUGGAGGAGGUGAGGGACAGGAGGUCCCUGGACUCUGUGGAGGAGGUGAGGGACAGGAGGCCCCUGGACUCUGUGGAGGAGGUGAGGGACAGGAGGCCCCUGGACUCUGUGGAGGAGGUGAGGGACAGGAGGCCCCUGGACUCUGUGGAGGAGCAAGCGGAGCAAAGGACUUUUCAGAGUGAAGUGCCACAGAUCGUGGGGGAGAUCUAUCAGAAGUUCUUUGUGGAGAGCAGAGAGAUCUCAGUGGAGAAGGUUCUACUGAAGGAGAUUCAGCAGAGUCUGGUCGGGAACAGAGGGACCGAGGUGUUCACACACCUGCAGGAGGAGGUGACAGAGACCAUGAGGGAGCGCUUCUACCCGUCCUUCCUGGUGUCAGAUCUGUACGACAGACUGAUCCGACGAGACGACCCUCAGAACCCAAGUCAGGGGAGCAGCGAGGAGCGCGAGGAGGAGGUUGUGGGUGUGUCUGAUGAAGGUACCAUCACUGAGCAGCAGAGUUACGCCGCCUCCAGACUCCGCCUCCUGUUCGACAAACUGGAAUAUAAGAGACAAGCACUGGGCUCCAUCCAGAACGCACCCAGGCCAGACAAGAAGAUCGUGUCCAAACUGAAGGAGGAGAUCGGGGCCAUGGAGAAGGAGCACAGUGAGCUGCAGCAGCACAUCAGCCGCACAGACUGGUGGUGCGAGAACCUGGGACACUGGAGAGCUACCAUCACUGCUGCGGAGACGGCGGAGGAGGCUGGUGAGACUGUGGCCUGUUACUGUGUCUGUGUGAGUCUGACUGAAGGAGAUGAGACCAACAGUCGCUGGAGCGUCCAGAGGAAACUCACUGAGUUCCAGAUCCUGCACCGCAAACUCACUGAGUGCUUUCCGUCAUUGAAGAAACUGCAGCUUCCGUCUUUGAGCAAACUCCCGUUUAAAUCCAUCGACCAAAAGUUUCUGGAGAAGAGCAAAACACAGCUCAACGCCUUUCUACAGCGUCUUCUGACUGAUGAGCGUCUGUGUCAGUCUGAAGCGCUCUAUGCUUUUCUGAGCCCAUCUCCAGAGCACCUCAAGGUCAUGUCCAUCCAGAAGAAGUCGUCCUUUUCUCUGGCCUCGUUCCUGGAGAAGUUUCCUGGAGACUUCUUCUCUCAUCCUGAUGAGGACGGUGAUGAUGACAGUGACCUCUCUGAUGAAGGAGAUGAGGUUGAUGGUCGCAGAGAUGCUUUGGCUGAGCCCUGCUUCACUCUCAUCGGAGAAAUCUUUGAACUCAGAGGAAUGUUCAAGUGGGUGAGGAAGACUCUUAUUGCACUAGUCCAGGUGACGUUUGGACGCACCAUAAACAAACAGAUCCGGGACACUCUGACCUGGAUCUUCUCGGAGCAGAUGCUGGUCUGUUACGUGUCCGUGUUCAGAGACGCCUUUUGGCCGAACGGAAAACUGGCUCCGACCCUGAAGCUGAGGAGCGAGUCCGAGAGGAGAGAGACCAGGGAGAGAGCCCAGAGGAAGCUCCUGGACAAUAUACCAGGUAACACUCACACCUGGUACCACAGUCUGAGAGGAGAGAGACCAGGGAGAGAGCCCAGAGGAAGCUCCUGGACAAUAUACCAGGUAACACUCACACCUGGUACCACAGUCUGA